AAGGACUCGCAAAAUAAAAUUGUACAGCUCGCUGGGCGCCUGUUCUUCAUAAUCAGACUGAAAAACAUCUGACAUCUGCCAUUCUUUUUUCCAUUGGAAAGCUGCACUCGACAAAAGUGUCCAUUGAUCAACUACCAUUUAGCUUCUGAAAACACAAGGUUUGUGGUCGUUCCUUGUUUCUUGAUGGCCUGCACCUGCAGUGUAAGCUCCGGAUGGAACAGUCCUUGGAGAUUAUUUGACUGGAACAGAAGCAAAAGCAAGGAGCCCAAGCAAGACCACAAAUAUCAUGAUGCUGACCUUCCUUUCCCUCCAACCCUGCUUUCGAAAACCUUCUUAGCAGGUAGGGAGCUCAAGUGCUGCUACAAGGCAUCCAUUGAUGGCUUUAGUGCAACCUCAUUUCAUAAAAAUUGUGAUUUCAAGGGGCCUUGCGUGAUCAUAGGCUACACUGACAACUCCUUCAAGUUUGGUGGAUUCAACCCUGAAGGUUACAGAAGCACAGACGAUUACUAUGACACGUUUGAUGCAUUUCUUUUCUAUUGGAAGGGUGACGCGUAUGCUGACCCAAUCAUACUUCCUAAAGUUGGAGGAAGUGGGGCAGCCCUAUUUGAUUAUGCAAGGGGAGGACCUCAGUUUGGCGCAGAUGGUCUCCUGAUUGGACCUCCACUAACCCCAGUAAUGGGGGUUUUCACAGGACCAGAUGCCAGUUCUGGAGUAGGUGACCUUCGACAGGCCAAGUCUCGACUCGGGCUGUCCUACGCUAAAAGGGAGGAUGGAAAGGAGUCUCUGUUUGGAGAAGAAUCCAAAGCAACUCUUGAUGAAGUACUAGUCUUUUGCAGUCCUCAAAUUGCAAACUUAUAUUAGAAAAAAACUAUUAUCGUCUGUCAGUAUUAAUAUUGA